AUGCAACGCCGGCCUACUCCUUCUGCCGGCCCUUCUGCGCGCGUUGUGGCUGCUGCGGCGGAAUUGAUUGCUCUACAAAUGUAUAAGUUAGUUUGCCUGCUCAAAAAUUGCUUCCACUUGAAGGAAUGAGGUUAACAAAAACCGGAAGUUUUGGGAGACAUAUUUUUCUAUCUAUGAUAAUCUGACUUAAAAAGAUUCGAAAUCACUCAUGAUUUUGUUCAGUUUUUAUCGUGCCUUUCCAGUGAAAUAUAAUUCGAACAGAACCGACGUAAAAUGACGGAAUAAGGCGCA